AUGUCGGAUCAUGAGUACGGCGGCAGCGAUGAUCUUUCCCUCCCCAAAGCGACUGUCCAGAAGAUAGUCACCGAAAUUCUACCUGCAUCGAGCGGUCUCUCCUUUGCCAAGGAAGCUCGGGAUCUGCUUAUCGAAUGUUGCGUGGAGUUCAUCACUCUGGUAUCUUCGGAAGCUAACGAGAUCUCCGAGAAGGAGGCGAAGAAAACAAUCGCAUGCGACCAUAUCACCAAGGCACUAGAGACCCUAGGGUUUGAGGACUAUAUCCCCGCCGUUCUUGAGGCUGCGGCACAGCACAAAGAGACACAGAAGGUCCGGGAGAAGCGUGGAAAUAAAUUGGAAGACAGUGGGAUGACUCUAGCGCAACUGGAGGAGAUCCAAAAGAAGGCAUUUGAAGAAGCCGCCAAGCGAUACAAUUAA